CACUUAACGUAGCUUAACGAAAAAUUUGAAAAAAUUAACUAAAAAAAUAUUUUAAAUGUGCCUAAAAUAAAACCACCAAACAGGAACUUUAGCAAGAAUUAAAAUAGGAAACAACAAAAAAUAAUGUCAAACCAAACGAACAACAAGAGAGCAGAAUACAGAGACAUGGCUGUUAACGUAUACUCCACAAAUGUGACGUCCGAGAACUUAUCGCGUCACGAUAUGUUGGCCUGGGUGAACGAUUGCCUGGCAUCGCAAUUCUCCAAAAUUGAGGAACUGUGCACGGGCGCUGCUUACUGUCAGUUCAUGGACAUGUUGUUCCCAAAUUCAGUGCCCGUCAAGCGUGUCAAAUUCCGCACAAAUCUGGAGCAUGAAUAUAUACAGAACUUUAAAAUCUUGCAGGCGGGUUUUAAAAAGAUGUCGGUGGACAAGAUAAUACCAGUUGAUAAACUUAUUAAGGGACGUUUUCAAGACAAUUUUGAAUUUCUGCAAUGGUUCAAGAAGUUUUUCGAUGCAAAUUAUGAUGGACACGAAUAUGAUCCAUUGUCGCAGCGGAAUAACGUGAAGCUAGGCAGCGGUGGAGGCGGCAGUCAUACUGGCAGCGGAAUCGGCAGCAGCAUCAAUGAACUGCACACCGUACACCGCCGGCAGCAAGUGCAGCACUCAUCACAUUCACAGACACAAUCGUCGCAGCAUCCGCCACUCGUCAGCAAUGGGCGCACUGUCUCGAUGCGCAGCAAAACGGGUAUGGGAUCGCUGAGGAAUGUUGUGGAAGAUUUUGAAAUUGUUAAGAAUGAAAAAGAAGCUGUUGACGGUGAUGGUCGCUCAGUUUCUAAGGUACCGCCACGCACAAACAACGCGACGCCGCCGAAUAGAAUGACAGUGGCAACAACGGGAGCUGUUAAGAAAAAUGAUGCGGUUACAGCGCAAUCGAAUCAGCAGAUCGAAGAACUGUCUAAUCAGGUUCGUCCUGAGGUGGAAAUUAUGGAUAUGCGUCUGAAUCUGGAGGGUUUGGAGAAAGAGCGUGAUUUCUAUUUCUCCAAGCUGCGCGACAUUGAAAUACUAUGCCAGGAAGCUGAUGAGGCCGAACCAGCUCAGUUAGUUCAAAAGAUUUUGGAUAUUCUUUAUGCAACUGAGGAUGGCUUUGCGCCACCAGACGACGCACCACCAGAGGAUGAAGAAUACUAAAGUAUAUAGUCAACAGCCCACGAUUAAUUGUUUGCUGCAUACAAUAUCAGAAAGAAAAACAAAACAAAAAAACGAACGGAUUACAUUUUAAGUCAAAUUGCUGCGCUAAACAAACUUUUCAAACUGAAACUAAAUUCAAAAAAUAUAACAAACUAUAACUUUAUACAAGUGGAACCAAACUAACCAACGAAUCAAACAAACAAACAAAAAAAUACAGACAAAGCAAUACACUCAAAAACGUAUACACUCACAUACAAAUAGAGAGAUAACAAAGGAUAUUACACUGGAAGGAAAAGUAUUGUAUGGCAACAACAAAUACACACAAGCA